UCCUUUUUCUCUCUGUGCCUUUCAUCUAGUCUCUCUAACUGUCUCUACUCUCCAUAUCUCUCCCUGUUUUUCUUUCUUCCUCUCUCUCUCUCUCUCCAUUCCUGUUAUCCCCUUUCCAGCUUCGUUUAUUUCUCCGUUUCAAUCUCCUCUUGGCGGCGACUGCGAGGCGGUUCGAAGCAAGAUUUUUGUCGAACCACAACGAAGUAUCGAUUUGAUGUGGAGAAUAAACGGAGCUGGAUCUUGUGGAGCCACCGACUGAGCGACGACAUAGAUUUCAGGUUGGGUAAAACUUUAAUUAAUAAAGUAUUUGUCACGCAAUGGGAUUUCAACGAUUGCGGGCGAAUCAACAAAACGUGGAAUGCAUUGCUAAAGUAAGGUCUGAUGAGAAUGGUGAUCGAAUAGGUGUUACAAAGACUCCAAAAGGUUGUGAUCUUCGCCGAACGAAAGAAUUUGGGCCUAACAAUAAUGAACCUGUUGCUUUGGACGCCAAUUACACUUCAUGGCUUAUAAAACAUCCUUCUGCGUUGAGCAUGUUUGAUCAGAUGAUGAAUGCAGCUAAGGGCAAAAGGAUUGUUGUAUUUCUGGAUUAUGAUGGAACCCUCUCACCGAUCGUUGAAGACCCAGAUAAGGCUUUAAUGUCUGAUCCGAUGCGUUCAGCAGUUGGGGAUGUUGCAAGGUAUUUUCCAACAGCUAUUAUCAGUGGAAGGUGCCGGGACAAGGUAUUAGAUUUUGUACAAUUGAAUAAUGUAUACUACGCUGGAAGCCAUGGGAUGGAUAUAAUGGUCCCAUUACGGCCUCUAAAGUCCAGGGAUCUCACCAAAUGUCAGAGGUCUACUGACGAAAAGGGGAAUGAAGCUGUAGUUUUCCAACCUGCACAAGAGUAUUUAUCUACAGUUCAAGAGAUAAUUCAGGUGCUGGCGGAAAAGACAAAAACGAUAGGAGGAGUCAGGAUCGAAGACAAUAAGUUCUGUAUCUCUGUCCACUUCCGCCGAGUUCGUCAAGAGGACUUCCAAGAUUUAGAAGAGAGGGUGAAGUCGACUCUGAAAGAGUAUCCCCUCUUCCACCUGACAAGGGGAAGAAAAGUUCUGGAAGUCCGCCCAUCGAUAGAGUGGGAUAAAGGGAAUGCUGUGGAAUAUCUACUCGACACGCUAGGACUUGGCAACUCCAAUGAUGUCUUCCCGGUGUACAUUGGAGAUGAUCGAACCGAUGAAGAUGCCUUCAAGGCAAUACAAAGCAGAGGGCAAGGGUAUCCCAUUCUGGUUUCUUCCAUCCCAAAGGAGACCAUGGCUUCGUAUUCAUUGCGUGAUCCAUCAGAGGUCAUGUUUUUCUUGUUACAACUAGCAAGAUGGAGGAAAAACUCUUCUGGCAGUAGGGUAGUUACCUAGUCUAUAUUUGAUUUUUGUUCCAUAUAUAUACCUAGUAAAAAACAGAGAACAGGAAAGAAAAGAGACCAAGAGAGAUGGAAGCAUUAUAUAAGAGACUUUUUUUUUUGCCAAGUUUUCGUGCGUCCCUUGGUACUCUUUAUAUCUACAAUGUAUAUAAUUACAUAUAUUGACGCUUUUCAGAUCUUAACUUUCUUUUAAGUUGUUGCUGAACGGAUGGAUAUAUCCGUUCCACUG